UGAAGUCAGAAAAGUAGGCGGAGAGAGAGAAGGGGCUCGAACAGAUGCAAUUCAGUCCAUUGAGCAGGUCAUAGAAGUAAAAAUAAAAACAGAGCCCACGCACCGCACUCUCCGGUGUAUCUAAUGUAUCAAGCCGUUUUCUCUAUCGUCAAACAAGGUGCCGCCGCUGUCUGUCAGCCCCUCUGAUGCGGGCCGGCAGCAUCCUCUCCAGCAUCCAGACGUGAAUGACGAGGGCCGGCGGCCGACAGGGAGGGGUCGUUUGCUUCCAGGGCUGCCUCCUCCUGGAUGGAGCAGCCAACGAUGGCCAUGGGAGAUGUCUCGAAAAAAGCGUCGACUCGGAACCUGGCGGUGGAGAGGAAAAACCUCCUCACGGUCUGCAGGUUUUCCGUUAAGACCCUGCUGGAGAAAUAUACAGCCGAGCCCAUUGAUGAUUCAUCUGAAGAGUUCAUCAAUUUUGCUGCCAUCCUCGAACACAUCCUCAGCCACCGUUUUAAAGGCUCUACUAGCUGGUUCGAUGCUCAGAGGAGUUACUGGGACUAUAUCCGCCUGGCCUGUGCUAAAGUCCCCAAUAGCUGCAUUAGCAGCAUUGAGAGCAUGGAAAACAUCAGCACCUCACGAGCCAAGGGCCGAGCCUGGAUGAGAGUAGCUCUCAUGGAGAAGAGGCUGUCUGAAUACAUUGCCACUGCUCUGAGGGACAGCAGGACAACCAGGAGGUUCUAUGCAGAGGGAGCCAUCAUGUUAAGAGAAGAAGCCACAGUGUUAACAGGGAUGCUAAUAGGUCUUGGAGCUAUAGACUUUAGCUUCUGUUUAAAAGGGGAGGCCCUGGAUGGGAAAUCUUCUGCAGUGAUUGACUAUACUCCAUACUUGAAAUUCACACAAAGCUAUGAUUACCUGAGUGAUGACGAUGAUCGGCAGAGUGUCGACAGCAGCACGAGUGACGACAGCAUCCCUGAGCAUCCUUACAUCCCCCUGGUCACAGAUGAGGAGAGCUGGAGCACAAAGUGUCGCAAAAUGGAGCAGAGGUUCAAGAUUGUCAAUGCACAGAAGGGUUACUUGGAGGAGCUCGUGCGUCUGCGUGAGUCGCAGCUGAAGAACACGGAGACAGAGAACAAGAGGCUAAAGGCCCGACUGGAGGAGCUGCAGACCCAGAGCCAACAGGAAAAAAAGGAACUGGAGGCCAUAGUCUUGGAGCUUCAGGAGCAACUGACAAGCUUGAUUCCAUGUGACUCCAACCACCUGGCGAAAAACCUUUCAAUCCCUCUCGUCAACCAGUGGCCAACGCUCGAGCCAUUUGACAGCCAAGAGGACGUGAAGCUGUUCCGCAGGAGGAGUUUUCCAAGCACAGAGCUGCUAUCAGUGGAGGUCAGCCUGGAUUCUGACUCUCAGAGGACUCAGGAGAAACAGAAUGGAAGGGCCUGGUGCACAGAUAAGGACUACACCCCCUCCAUGAUGGGCCUGUGUGGGUCCUUGGCGUCCCUGCCAAGCUGCAAGUCUCUGGCUAGCCUCAAGUCCAGCGAGUGCCUGGUCAACAUCAGCACAGAGAACAGUCCUGCCAUCUCUCCCAGCUAGGGGGCGCCAAAGAAACACUGCCAAAAAAACAUUAAGACACUCCGACAUGAAAAUGAAACGACUGUUCUCGGUGGGCGAACAAAUGCUUGACAGACUUGAGUCCCUUUACUUUUACAACCCAGCACUCUCUCAGCUUACACCUGUUGUGGAAGAGCAGCCUCCCUCUUUGGGACCCUGCAGCAAAGACGCAGAUACAGCUGCCGUACUGCCUCAUGGCCUCCUUCAGAGUCAUUGCCUUUCAUUGUUGUGACAUCAGUAAGCCUCCUGCAAUGCAAGCAGCUGGUUUAGGUUUGACCUUCCUUCACUUGCAGUCAUGUAUCUUUCACAUUCAUCAGAGCUCGCUGUCGGGUCAUUCUGUAUGUCGUUGUCCAUUUGUCUGCGUCUUAUCAGUCUGUCAGCGUAUCUUACUCUGCCUGUUGAAUAACACUGACAGGAUGGAUGAGCUGUUAUAACCUUAUGGGAAACAGAAACUGAGUUUUGCCCUAUUAUACACUGUUACAGGAGGAUGAAAAGAAGCUUUUAAUGUGGCAAGUCAGAUGGUUUAUGAUGAAGAUUAUUUAAAAUAACAGAAGCUACUUUAUGAUAUUAGAAUAAAUGGCAGUUUAGGCCUCAUUCAAUCAAACAUUAGGUUAGAUACACAAAUUUAGGAUGCGACAUGAAAGGCCUGUCAGGCUGUUGAGGUUUGUGGGGACACCACAAUGUGAACAUUAAAAAAACAGACACCUGUUGCAUAUAAAUGCAGAGUUCAGUGAGACUAUGCAGAAAGUGUUUUCAUUGUCUUUUUCUACAAACUUGGCCUGGUAGAAUAGUUUGAGCGGGAAUGUGCAACUUGCGUAGGCCUUUUUUUUUUUUCUUUCUGUGAACUUUUGUUUUUAUGUUACAGUUACUUUCAUGACAAACUUACAUGUGUCGGUCGCAGACCUGUAAAUUGCUUUCUAAUGCAGCGUUGUUGAGA